GCCCCGCCCCGGCCCCGCCCGACCUCUGUCGCACGCGACCCCGGCUGCAGCAGCGGUCACAGCACUUGGCGCGCAGAGAGAGUUGCAGCCAUGGCUGUCGCUGUGGAGGGCACCCGCAGGAAAGAGCGCAUCCUCUGCCUGUUUGACGUGGACGGGACCCUCACGCCAGCUCGCCAGAAAAUUGACCCUGAGGUGUCAGCCUUCCUGCAGAAGCUUCGAAGUAGGGUGCAGAUUGGCGUAGUGGGUGGCUCUGACUACUCAAAGAUCGCUGAGCAGCUGGGUGAUGGGGAUGAAGUCAUUGAGAAAUUUGAUUAUGUGUUUGCCGAGAAUGGGACAGUGCAGUACAAGCAUGGACGGCUACUCUCCAAGCAGACAAUCCAGAACCACCUGGGGGAAGAGCUCCUGCAGGACUUGAUCAACUUCUGUCUUAGUUACAUGGCUCUGCUCAGAUUGCCCAAGAAGCGUGGAACCUUCAUUGAGUUCCGGAAUGGCAUGCUGAACAUCUCUCCCAUCGGCCGCAGCUGCACCCUGGAGGAGAGGAUCGAGUUCUCUGAACUGGACAAG